AUGACUGACGAAAACACCAAAGCGUGGACGCCAGUAUGUGUGGCAUCAACCGGACGACAAAGUGGGAGACCAAUCGAUCCAUCACGAUCACGACACUCGUCAAGUUCAUUAUCACCAGUCCAAAGUGAGCCUGGGGCAACCCCUGGUGAUGAGUCCAUGGAUCAAGAUACCGACCUCGGCUAUUUCAAGAGCGCAGAAUGGACCCCAGACAGAACGACUCUGCUGACAGAUUCAGCAGAUCAUUCUAUCAGAACAUGGAUCCUGCCACCGGAUCUGCUGGAGGACAAGCCCAUCCACCAAUUAUCCCCAUACUCAACUCUGCCCUCAGCAGAGCCGACAUAUGCUACCGCGAUCUAUCCCUUCUACAACCUUCAAGAUCCAUCCUCUACCCUAUUUCUCUCAUCUGUCCGUGAUCAUCCAAUUCGGCUAUCAUCAGCCCUGGCUCCUACGUCAGUGGCGAGCUACUCCCUGGUAAAUCCAAUGACAGAAGCAUACAUAACACCUCAUUCAAUGAUCUACCCAUCCACGAUGGGCGGGACCCACUUCCUCACAGGCUCAGAUAGCCUCAUUUGUCUCUUCGACGUGUCCCGAACAGGACCACAAGGACCCAUAUCCUCAAUGCCGACCAUCCCCAGCAAACGCAAGCAGAUUGUCGGCGGUGGUAUCGGAAUGAAGGGCAUUGUUUCAGCCCUGGCUCUGAACCCCAGCGGGGAUGGUAUCCUUGCUUCAGGCACUUUCACCAGACACAUUGGACUGUACAGCUCAAAUGGCUCGGGUGAGCUCCUUGGGACGUUCAGCGUGGCAAAAACAAGCGCAAACCGUGAUAUUGGCGGUCGUGGAGUUACACAGCUUGUCUGGAGCCCCUGUGGCAGGUAUCUGUAUGUCGUCGAGCGUAAGAGUGACGGAAUUUUGGUUUAUGAUGUUCGGGUCACGGGGCAACUGCUUGGGCACUUGCGCGGACGCAAGGCUUACACGAAUCAACGCAUGAAAGUUGAUGUUGUUCCAUCUGGUCCUGAUGGCUCUCAUGAGAUUUGGGCUGGCGGUACCGAUGGGUUUAUGAGGGUUUGGAGGAAUCCGGAGCACUGUGCAGGUGGGAAGGACCCCGAUUGGGAGUUUAAGGUGCAUGAUGAUGCUGUGACGAGUACAAUGUUUCACCCCCUGGGAAGUGUUGCUGCAACCUGCUCUGGGCAGCGACAUUUUGUUUCAGAUGAUCCCUGUGACGAAGACAUUUCAGCAAAGAACACUAAGCAGGCCGACAACAGCCUCAAGAUCUGGUCAAUGCCAUUUCUGUUGUCAGAACCCGAGCCAAACUAUGACUUGGAUCCUGUAGUCUGA